UCAUUAAGGUACAAGUAAGAAAUAAUACUAGGUCUCUCUUACAUAUCAAAAUCCAUUUUCUUUACUUGGGGUUUUCUUGGUACUUGUUUCUUUUUUAAGAGCUUUGUCUUUAGUUUUCUUUGUGAGCCUUCAACGCGAUCCUCGCAAAACACACACUCCUUUAAAGUCACCAGAAAAGGCGGCUGAUCCUUCGGAGGCAGACCCCUUCACAGGUAGCAUAUAAUGGCUUCAAAUUAAGUGAGGUUUGUCCAAGUUGGUGUCUUUGUGUUCUUCUCCCUUUUUAAGUUCAUAUAUUUUAGGGUUUGCUUUGCAGCAAGAAAGUACUUUUCUCUCUUUCUCAUUGAGAAGUUGUUCUGGUUUAAGAUCUGCAAAGACAACAAGCUAGUUGUCUAUUUCAAAGGGGAAAGUUUUACUUUAAAAAAAGAAAAUAGAUCUUAUUCCAUAUAUACUGCUUGUUUAGUUUGUAGAAAGGAAAACUAGGGUUAAGAAAUAAGAUAACAGGGAAGGUAUGGAUGAGAGAAUUAUUGAUGGUGAUAAACUAGAUGAAGUGAUGCUACCAGGGUUUCGAUUUCAUCCAACUGAUGAGGAGCUUGUAGGGUUUUAUCUGAAGAGAAAAAUUCAGCAGCGGCCUCUCUCUAUCGAGCUCAUCAAGCAGCUUGAUAUCUAUAAAUAUGAUCCAUGGGAUCUUCCAAAGUUUGCCACAACUGGAGAAAAAGAGUGGUAUUUCUACUGCCCUAGGGAUAGGAAAUACAGAAACAGUGCAAGGCCUAAUCGGGUAACUGGAGCUGGGUUUUGGAAAGCCACAGGAACUGACAGGCCUAUUUACUCCUCUGAAGGUUCCAAGUGCAUUGGCUUGAAGAAAUCCCUUGUUUUCUACAAAGGUAGAGCUGCCAAAGGUAUCAAAACUGACUGGAUGAUGCAUGAGUUUAGGUUACCUUCACUUACUGACCCAACAGCACCACCAAAGAGAUUUGUGGACAAAAGCAUUCCUGCCAAUGACUCAUGGGCAAUAUGCAGGAUAUUCAAGAAAACUAAUUCCACAACCCAAAGAGCUCUCUCUCACUCUUGGGUUUCUCCAUCACCAACUGAAACUAACACACUUGAUAUGCUAGUCAAAGGUCAGCACUGCACUCAGUUUUCUCAGGAGAACAUGUCAUUGACAUCAAAAACCAACUGUUCAGCAGCCACUCAUUUCUCUAUUAACAAUGACAUACAACAAUUAUCUUCCACUACGUUUUCUCCCUUAGAUUUUGUGUGCUACAAAUCCUUAAAUCAAUUAGCAGAUAAACCUUCUCAACUCACUGGAGACCUUCCCUCUAGCUUCUUGUUUUCACCUCUAGAAACUUCAACACCAACAAAAUGCACAGUUGAUAUUUCUUCCAUGCUGUUAAACAUGCCCUCUUCAAUGCUUGGAGAUUUUGGUACUAAGGUCAGUGAGAGUAUAGACUAUAGUGGGCCACAAGAACAUUGCAAUGGCUUCUCAUUCAGUUUACUUCAAGACAUGCAAGGGAACAUUGCUAGUGGAGGUGAGCAAGCCAAUGCCUUGAUGAAGAAUCCUAAUAUGACACAUGCUGAUGAUCAUUGGGAGACCGUCCGAUCCAUUGGAUUUCCAUUCAGUUUGCCUUCGAAUAAUGAUGCUUGGAAGACAAACUUAGCGUGGGAUUCUUCACCAUGUCCAAGUGAAAUGUCCACAAGUUUUUCUACAACCAAGAGCUAUACUUAAUGAAAAAGUAGAGAUUAAUAGUCAAAGGCAUUGUUUUCUAGCUUUUAGACUAAUUCAGCUAGUUGAAGUUCAUUUUGUAGAAUCUUUUUGUAGGCUUUUGUAAUGUUUAACGAAUGAAUAGAAUGUAAUACGACGUUGAUUAAUUAUGGAAUUGAAAAUUUGACAGCCA